AGAGCAGGGGAGACGCUGCUGCAGCUGCUCCAAGGGGCUUCCAUGGUGGAAAAUCUCCAAUUUCCACCAUCAAAUCCAUCAUUUCUCUCUUCUAUGUUGUAUAUGUGUAGCUAAAAGUCCAUUUCACUGGGGUGGAGAGUAAAUUUCUGAAACUCUUUGUAAUUUCUCUAUUAAUGUAUGAUCUUGUAUGAAUUUUGUGUUCUAUCUUUAUUUUUCAUGCUUUUAAUGGGAAUCUGAGCUAUUUGAACGGUUAAAUCAUUGGGAAAUGUAUGAGACCGUGGACCUAGGAUAGAACUGCUAAAGGAUUUCGAGUCCUAGACAUAGGAGGGAAUUUUUAGUCAUCUGUGACAUUGUGUUUAAGGCAAAUCUGAUAAUUGAAUUAGCUAAGGGAUUAGCAAUUUAGUUUGAAUGAUUAAGAACUGUCUCUGAGGGAUCAGGACUGCAUGCGCCUAGGAUGUCGAUGCUUAAUUUUGAGGAAUUGUGUUAGUAGAAAAUUACCGGAGUGAUGAACUUGAAUUUCAACCCCAGUGAACUUUAAUUCAUCUGUUUUUACCACUUUACUUUCAUCUGCAUGCUAAAAUUCAUCUGUGUUACUAAAUUACGUUUAUUAAUCGCUAAAUUAGUAAACUUUAACAAUUAGUGAAACAUAACAAAUCUCUUGGGAAACGAUAUUCGGACUUACUGAUUUAUUACUUGUACGAUUCGGUACGCUUGCCGAGGUCACAACAAGUUUUUGGCGCCGUUGCCGGGGAUUUGUUUUUGUUUUCGUUGAUUGUUUGUUGUUUAUAUGGUUUAGUUGAUUUUAGCUAUCUGUUGUUUAAGUGUGUAUUGUGAUUAUAUUUGAAUUAUUGUACAUAAUUGUUAUCAUCUGUAGAGAUUGUGUAUUUUUGGAUUGUUUUCUUUUAGUUUGUGUUUUGUAUGAGAAGCAGAGAACAGGUUGAAAAUCUACUUUUCGAUCCGGAAAUUGAAAGAACUGCUCGAAGGAACAACAGUAGAAGGAGGCGACAAAGUAGAGAAUCCAGAGAAUCAUCUGCUAUCUCUGAAGAAAUUCUGGAUUUUUCAUCCGGGCAAGAAAAAGAAGAAAUGGAAGAUAAUCGCACUAGAGAAGGUUCUGGGCAAGGAAGACGUACUCUUGCAGAUUAUAAUACUUUCUCAGGACCUCUGCACUUCAACAGUAUUGCAAGACCAGUGGUGAAUGCUGCUAACAUGGAGAUGAAGCCAACUCUUAUUCAUCUGGUGCAGAACAAUCAAUUUCAUGGAUUAUCUCACGAGAAUCCAUACACUCACUUGGCUACUUUCAUGGAGAUAUGUAAUACAGUGAGGAUUCACCAGGUUCCAGAUGAAGCAAUCCGACUUAGCUUAUUUCCAUUCUCAUUGGCUGGUAAUGCAAAAAUGUGGCUGAAUUCCUUCCUAGAGAAUAGUCUAACAGUCUGGGAUGAUGUGGUUGCCAAAUUCCUGAACAAGUUCUUCCCUCAGUCCAAAGUCAAUAAGGGAAAGCAGGAGAUCUCUUCUUUCCAACAGGAUGCUGAUGAAACACUAGGUCAAGCAUGGGAUAGAUUCAAAGGCCUAUUGAGAAAAACCCCUACUCAUGGAUUUAAUGAGCCUACAAUGUUAAAUCUGUUUCUUGGAGGGCUGAAAUCUCAAACAAAGUUAAUGUUAGAUGCAUCAACUGGAGGUAAUAUCAGAUGGAAGACGCCUGAAGAUGCACAUGAUCUGAUUGAAAAUAUGGCUGCAAAUGAUAAUGAAGUUCAGAGUGAGAGAGCUCAAUUUCAACAAAAAGGUGUUCUUCAACUUCAAACUCAAGAUGCUUUACUAGCUCAGAACAAGAUUAUGACUCAGCAACUUGAGACAUUAAUGAAGAAGUUAUCUCAGCUACCUAAAGAACUGCAGAAUGUUUCUCAAUUUCAACAUCAGAGGGUUCAGAGUUGUCAAUUGUGCGGAGGAAAUCAUAAUAAUGGUCAAUGUGCAGUGCAAAUCAUGUCUCAUGAAGAAGUACACUAUAUGGGAAAUCAAGGUCUUCAGACGAAUUAUGAUCAACGUCAAAGUUUUAAUCAAGGAUGGAGACCACAUCCGAGUAUGGGACAAGCUGUUCCUUUCAACAGGCCACCUCCACAGAACUUUCAGCAACAACCUUCUCUGACAGAAAGAACUUCAAAACUGGAAGAAACUCUUCAGCAGUUUAUGCAGGUAUCAAUUUCCAACCAUAAAAGUACAGAAGCCUCACUUAGGAAUUUGGAGAUUCAGGUGGGUCAAUUAGCUAAGAAGUUGGAAGAAAAACCAGAGAAGGACUUUGGGGCAAACACUGAAGUAAAUCCAAAGGCAUACUGCAAUGUUAUUACUACAAGAUUAGGAAGAAUUCCGGAAGAAAGAGGGAUUGAGAAAAAAGUGAGUGAAGAAAAAGAUGAGAUGAGUAAACAGGGAGAUGAAGAAAAAGAGAGAGAGGGAGAGAAAAAGAAAGAACAUGUGUACGAGAAACCUCUUCCAUAUCCAAUGGUUGUCUGUAGAAAGGAUAAGGAAAGACAGUUCCAGAGUUUCAUUGAUAUUUUCAAGAAAUUGGAAAUCAAGAUGCCUUUCUCAGAAGCACUGAAACAAAUACCUGCUUAUUCAAGAUUCAUGAAAGAUUUGCUCACUAAGAAGAAGAAGAAGUAUAUUGAGGAAGAAACUAUAGAAGUACAGGGCCAAUGCAGUGCUAUCAUUCAGAAGUUGCUUCCUCCAAAGUUUAAAGAUCCAGGUAGUUUUACAAUUCCAUGCACCAUUGGUGAACUGGCUAUUGGGAAUGCGUUAAUUGAUCUUGGAGCCAGCAUCAAUCUUAUGCCUCUGUCAAUGUUUAAGAAGAUUGGAGAAUUAGAGUUGAAGCCCACACGCAUGACUCUACAAUUGGCAGACAGGUCGAUCAAAUAUCCACAGGGAGUAGUAGAAGAUGUUCUGGUAAAGGUAGAUAAAUUCUUAUUUCCGAUGGAUUUUGUUGUCAUGGAAAUGAAAGAAGAUACAGAAAUUCCUCUGAUUCUGGGAAGGCCAUUCAUGAAGACUGCUCGAGUGUUGAUUGAUGUUGAUGAGGGAAAGCUCAAAGUGAGAGUUGAGGAUGAAGAAGUAAAUUUCAAUGUCUUUGAAGCAAUGUCUCACCCAAAUGAUGAAGAUACAUGCUUUCAAAUUGAUGAACUUGAGGAAGUCUGCAUGAUUGCACAAAAGACGAUGCAUAUAUCCUCACCUCUUAAUCUCGAUGUUUUAAAGGAGAUUCCAUUUGAGGAAGAAGAGAAAAGAGAACAGAAGUUGCACUUGAAGUUGCUACCUUCACUUCUGAAUGAUGUCAAACCCUUGGAUCAACCACAGAGUGCUUCUCAAUGUCAAGCUAAAGACGUUAAACAAGCGCUUACUGGGAGGCAACCCAGCUUUCUAACUCUAUCUAUUUAUGUUUUCAGUUCUUUUGGUUGUGUGGAUUGAAUCUGAAUAUGUCAGGUUGUGUGGAUUGAUUUAUGUUUCUAAUUUGAUUUGAUUGUGAAUUGUGUGUUUGAAUGUUUGAAUUUGAAUUUGGAAUUCUGUCCAUGAUAACUGGCAUGAUUGUGAGAUUGUUAUUGCAGAAUCUGAGUUUUAGAACUUGUGUUAUGAUUAUAUAUGACUGGUUCUUGAAUCUGACUGAUUGUGACCCAGAAGUUGAAUAUCUGAGUGUACUGAGACAGCUUUGAAAGCAAGUGAGAAGUUGUUAUUGCUAUGAAUUUGAUUUUUGCAUAAUUCUUAUUAAUACAGAUGCAUUCUGGUUUAGAAAUGAGAAAGGCAGUUGUUUGUUUUUGAAAUUAACUACUUGGCCAGAUGACUACCCAUAUGUGAAUAUUCAUCCUUUGUUAUCCUGUUUAAGCCUUAUAUAUAUUUUUGUGAACCCUCAGCUUAUUACUGAACAAUCUACCUUAUCCAACACUCUAGGAGAAGAGAACAAGAAACAUAAUUGUCAAGAGAUAGGUAGAAAUUAAGUUUGGGGGAAAUCAUAAUCAGUUGAAUCUUAAACUGAAAAAAAAAAUGUAUUGUAUCAUGUAAAUAUGAUAAAGUAUCAAAGUUAGAGAAAAAUUCAAAAAAAAAAAUGUGCUAUGUGAUGAAUGAAGAGGUAGUUGAUGAAUAAAGUUUCACUGUUGUUAUGUUCUUGUUCUCCUCUUCUAUAGUGUUGUUUUGUUUCCUUGUAAAACCAUGUUUCUUCUAGCCAAGCCAAGUUAUAACCUGAGAAAGUCCUUUUGAUUUAAAUCAGAAUGUUUGAAGUGUAUAUGAGAUGACUUGCAAAAGUUGAUGAAGUAGUUGAUGACAAUUUGAGUAUGAAUUGGAGUUGUAAACACUUGCAGGUUGAGAUAAACACAAAUUGAGCAUUAUGGUUUUAUUCUUUUUCUGGUUGUCUUAUCAUUUUGGAUUCAAGAAUUUGUAAUAUAGAAGUCAUGACAUGUGAUCUGAAUAUUUGGAGGUGUAGGUACAAUCCUUACUGUUGUGUCAGAUAUUAUGUGAUGGAAUAUUAACUGCUUUGUUGGGUUCGUUUGUGUUGUUAUUGUCUAUUUUCAUGAGGACACAAAAAUAUAUAAGUUUGGGGGAGUUUAAUAGGUGAAAAGUUUACUUGUUUUUGUUGCUUAUAUUGUGGGGCUUUUGAGUAAGUUUUAGUGUUAAUUCUUGUAAGGUCUCGAAAAUUUAAACCACCUCCACCUGUCAAAUCACGUAAUUAUUACUCAAAAAUCCUGUCCAGAAUUUGUAUUAAGAAACGCACCCACACCUCUCGUUCUUAGCGUCAUUUAAUGCACCCUCGUCACACGUGCAGUGCCAUUAAAACGCACUCACACUCAUUCUGCAUGCAGCUGCCAAGUGUCACUUUGGAACAUUCGAAAACGUUAGUGGAAUCCAAGUGGCACCAGGCGAAUGGACGUUCGUCCUACGUGGGAAGAGAAAUUACUUUUCUGGAAAACACUCUCCCACUUCUCUGCAUGCUCCAUCUUCUUCCCUGAACCUUUGCUUUCCAAAUUCUCUGCCUUCUCUCUAGAACUUCCAUCUUCUCUCUACCAUAACUUACCUUCUUCUUCUCCGAUCCAAUUUCAAAGACCGUAGAAGCAAUCCAGACGUCAUAAGCUUUCCAUCAAACCGAACAAGUUCAAGUUUUGAAUCCUGUUCCAAGAGUUGAGUGAUCUGAGGAUAGAAGUGAUAGUUGGGCGAAUCCGGAUUAUUCACGUUAGGACGUUCGUUCACUACUGAUCCAGACGGAGAGGCGUUGCUUGAAGAAGCGCUGGAAGAAGAAAAUUUGGAGGACGCCAAUCUGGUCGAAGUAGAGGUUAAAGCCGAGCCCUAGAGCGCUCGUUAGUUGUAGCUUUUAUUUUCUGUUAGCUUUUGGGCGUUCGGUUAAAGUUUGUAAAACCGUUCGUCUUUAAACUUUGAAAUACUGCUGUAUGGUAUUUUA